GGAAUUUUUUUGAAAGCGCGCCGUUUCUCGACCAGUUGCAAUGUCAUGCCAGUUCGAUCGGUUACUUGCAAGUUGCUUGUCAGAGCAUCGUGACAUCGGGACAAGUUUUGUUUGUGUACACAGAGUUCUUAUAAAUGCUUGUGACAGAAAAUGAAUGGAUUGACAGUGAAACAAGAGUUAAUUGCUGACGUUUGUUGUCGCGAAUGCGGAGAAGAGUUCCAAGAGGCGGCGGAACUGCAAAACCACCAGGAAAAUGUGCACAAUUUCUACAGAUGCAAAACCUGCGGCAAAGAAGAGACUUCCUUGGCGGAGUUCGAGUUUCAUCUUCAGACUCACGGAGGAUUUAAGCUAUUCAAGUGCUUCACAUGCCAGGAAAUGUUCUCUUUCCUCCACGAGCUCAACAAUCAUCUGCCCACUCACGCGGGUAAGAAGGAAUCAUCGGAGGGCGAGGAAGAAUGCCUCGAGACGCAGAUCGAGUUCGAGGAAGAGAUGAAGACGGAACCUCAAGGAGAAUAUAUCGAGAGAAGAAGUGGAUUUAAGGACCAGAAUGCCGAAAAAGAGCCUCUGGAGAUCGUCGAGCCAGUAAAAGCAACAGAGAUAGAAGAUUUAAGCGUUGCGAAAAUUCUCGAACGCUCUUGUUCUGUUGCUCUUGCGCGAGUGGAAGUGAAAGAGAAAAAGAUGUACAGAUGCGCGCAGUGUCCUUACACCUGUAAACGCAGAUUUAGUUUGUUGCAACACAAGAACAUGCACACGAAUACGCGUUUUGAAUGCGCCAUUUGUGGAAAAACGUAUCCAUCUAAGCAAAGUAUUUGCUAUCAUAUGCAGAUACACAACACAGAAAAGAACAAGAAUCCUUGUCCUAAGUGUGGAAAAGUCUUUUCCACGUCGUAUGAUAUGAAAAGGCAUCUCAAGGCACACAAUUCUGAGUGGAAAUUUGUGUGUGACUGGAAAUCUUGUAAAUACGGGACAUUUUAUAAGUCGAGCUUCGAAAUGCAUCGUCGGACUCACACAGGAGAGAAACCGUUCAAAUGUGAGUUCUGCGACAACAGAUUUAGAGGAAAUCGUAAUAUGAAGAGCCACAUUGAACGCUUUCACAAGCCCCGCACUAUUCCCUGCACACAUUGCAGUAAGAAAUUUUCUACGCGAAUAUUACUGAAAGAACAUUUACGGUAUGUGGGGAUCGACGAUUCCAGCAUUGCGCAAAUUCUCGAAAGUUCUUGUUCUGUUGCAGUUGAGCAAGUGGAAGAGGAAAAAGAAAAAAUUCACAGAUGUGCGGAGUGUCCUUACACCUCUAAGCGCAUUAGUCUGUUGAAGAAGCACUUGAUGACGCACAAAAACACACGUUUUGACUGCGCUAUUUGUGGAAACACAUACCGAUAUAGGUCAGGUAUUUACUAUCAUAUGCAAUCUCACAACAAGGAAAAGAACAAUAAUCCUUGUCCUGAGUGCGGAAAAGUCUUCUCUACGAAAGGAUCUAUGAAAAUACAUCUCAAGACACACAAUCCUGAAAUGAAGUUUAAGUGUGACUGGAAAUCUUGUCAAUACGGGACAUUUAAUAUUUCGAAGAUGCGAAGUCAUCGUCGGAUUCACAUAGAUGAAAAACCGUUCAAAUGUGAGUUCUGCGACGCCAAAUUUAGAAGAAAUCGGAAUAUGAAGAGCCACAUUGCUCAAAAUCAUAAGCCUCACACUUUUCUCUGUACGCAUUGCAGUAAGAAAUUUGCUACUAGCCUUGCUUUGAAAGUGCACGUCCGGCGAACUCACGAACGGACGAUUCCCUGUUCAGUGUGCGAUAAGAAGUUUGGACUUAAAUCAGACCUAAACCGACAUAUGAAAGAUUGUCAUUAGGUAGUAAGAAAAAUGAAAACGAAAUGUUAUCCUUAUGAGUCUUGAAUAAAAUUGAUACACCAAAAUCUACACUGAACUGAUCAAAAUACCCAGCCGAACACUUUAGUGCCGCGUAGAUCAUUCUUUGAUAGAAAUGCUUAAAAUUGACUUAAAACUACUGAAGAGGCCUUGUUCCAUCGGAAAAUCGAGUAAAGUAAAUUUGCGUUCAGGAAUCUCGAACAGCGACAUCUGUUCAAGCGUCUUUUAUGUCACAUUUUUCAAAGAAAUGAUUUAUUCUGGUCUUUGAAGGCAUUUCAUUUAGAGGCAAUUUAGAGGAAAUAAUCAUAUAAAGAUCCACAUUGCUCACAUUCAUAAGCCCCACACUUUUCUCU